GCUCUUUACCUGUAGCCAAGCACACAGGAGCACUUCUGUUUUUCUUAAAAUUACAAGAAGUUCAAAUCUUGACACCCACAUAUCUGAAUCAUUUUGUCAGCAGCAAGGACGUUAUAUUUGUCAGCAGUCACCUUCUCACUACAAGACCGGUAACACCCCCUGUGUGUAAUGUGAUAGCCCGGUGGUCACGUGACUACAGGUGAGCCAACAUGGCGGCGGAAAACAGCAGACGAUCCGGCGUCUCCGAGGAAUGGCGGUGCGUCGGGCCGGUAGAACAGCUACGUAAACAGAAAUGCCGGCGACUGUACGCGGAGGCCGGCCGAUCCCAGGACGUGGCUUUGUUUUACGUCGGAGAGAAGUUUUACGCGCUCGAAGCGUCUUGCGCGCAUGCAGAAGGCCCAUUGGACCAGGGAGAUAUUGAAGAGCUGAACGGCUGUUAUACAGUGGUCUGUCCGCUACAUUUUUACGAGUUCAAUAUCUCCACGGGAAAGUCAGAGUCUGGUCUACGGCAACAAACGUACGAAGUAAAGCAAGAGGAUGAUAACGUUUACGUCAAGUUUGGCUGUGAACCUGUGCACCUACGACGGCCGGAGAGAAAAUGAUACACGGAAUCUAUU